AGCCAAUGAGCAGAGUGGUAUGGUUAAGAAGGUAGAAAACACUUAGGAGAGUUCAUCAACAGUAGAGGGAACCCUCGAUGACUGACCUAAGUGGGUUCCUGCUCAAGGCAGGCCAAGACUCACAGAAGCAUAGAGAAUGAAUGUGGCUAAAUAUCAAGGAUCAUCACAUAUCAAGCAUGUGGGGAUUUCCACAGAAUCACCUUUAGUGGGCCUCUUUCAACAACCUGGAUAGACUAGUGAAUGACAGGGUCCAAGGACAAAGUCUACUUAAAGAGACAGCUCAGAGGAGCCUCGGUAACCUUGGGUGAGAGAGAUUCUUCCCUAGGGACCACUGCUUAGUAUGAAUAUUUUGCCUAUAUUAAUUGAAUAUGAGUUCUAGAAAAACAGUAGAAUACAACAGAGUGAACCUUCUAGUUAAAUUAUAAAGUCUAAAGUAUCUAUCCCACUGAUGCCCAGAUGUCUCAGAGAAAGAUGUAUUUACUUGUGUGAGUUUUCUCUGCAACAAGAGGUAUUCUGACCAUAUCUUCCAGCAUUGCUCUUCCCAUUCUUGGAUCUGAUGCAGAUUCCUAUGGAAGACAUGGGUGCAAGGGAUUUACAUCAGGAAGGCUCCUGGGCUUUCUUAGGAUCCAAGACUAAAGCGGGGAGAGAUAGAAGAAAUCCUGAUAGGUAGAUUUCUAAGGGUUGGAGAGCUGAGGGCAGGAUUGGAGAGCGUUCCUUUAGGAGCAUACAAGAGAUACUAACAAGGCAGAAACUUAAUGACUUUUUCCCCCCUUUGGAAACAAGGUCUCCACAUGUAGUUGAGGAUAUCCUCAAACUUUGGUCCUUCAGUUUCUAUCACCCAAGUUCUAGGAUAAAGGAGUGUGUUACCCCAUCCAUUUUAAUUGCUUGAUUAUUCUAUUGUACAAUCUGUAAAGACAUCUUAGCAUAAACAGAAUAAAUCCCCCUCUGAUAGUCUGAGUAAAUGAGGUUGGUCUUACCAACUUAGAAAGGUUUGAAGAAGACAGAUAGGAAAAGCAAGAGCCAGAUGACCAUUCUGAAAUUAAUUUUAAGUUGAGGACUCACAGAGGACAAUAGAAUAAUGCAUAUUUGAUUAAUUUAAAUCCUAAUGACAUGUAUCAAUGUAUUUUGUCUGUUGGGUUGAAUUUCUGGUAGGGAACUGAGUCCUUGGUUCAUUGUAGAGUUACAUUUGAGACCCUUUCAUUGUGGGAGAAACACUGAAUGCUAGGUCCCUUUAACUUUUCAGUGAAGCAAGGAGACAGCUUCAGUUUCUGAACUGGACCCAGGGAGGUAAGCUGACUCCAUUCCUCUGUAAGCUAGCUGAACACAGUGACUGUCUCUCAAUUCUUCCCAAGCGAGCAUGUAAGGGAGUGAGUGGACACAGGCUGGCCUGCAGACAUCCUGACGUGGUCACACACAGAAGCCUGGACAUGGACAAAGAAAACAGUGAUGCUUCCUGCAAAUCCUCAGACCUGAAAAUAUCCAACAUCUCCAUUCAGGUGAUCAGUGUCCCGGGGAAGCUACCAGGGAGAAGACUGCCUCGAAAACCCAUUGGCAAAGCCAGGUCCCGCAAGCAGCCCAAGAAGAGAGUACCCCUUUGGAACGUUCAAAAUAAGAUCAUUCUCUUCACUGUGUUUUUAUUCAUCCUGGCCGUCACAGCCUGGACGCUUCUGUGGCUCUAUAUCAGUAAGACAGAGAGCAGAGACGCCUUUUAUUUCGUUGGGAUGUUCCGCAUCACCAACACUGAGUUUCUUCCUGAGUACCGGCAGAAGGAGUCCAGAGAAUUUCUCUCCAUGGCCAAGACCGUACAGCAAGUGGUAAACCUCGUGUACACAACAUCUGCUUUCUCCAAAUUUUAUAAGCAGUCUGUGGUUACAGAUGUCAGUAGUAACAACAAAGGUGGGCUCCUGGUCCACUUUUGGAUUGUGUUUGUCAUGCCACAUGCCAAGGGCCACAUCUUUUGUGAAGAGUGUGUGGCAGCCAUCUUGAAGGACUCCAUCCAAACCAGCAUCAUAAACCGCACCUCUGUGGGGAACUUGCAGGGUCUGGCUGUGGAUAUGGACUCUGUGGUACUAAAUGCUGGGCUCCGGUCAGACUACUCUUCAACAAUAGGAUCUGACAAAGGCUGCUCCAACUACUUCUAUGCAGAUCAUCUGACCCUCCGCUACCCUCUGGAAAUUUCUGCAACCUCAGGACAGCUAAUGUGCCACUUUAAGCUAGUGGCCACAGUGGGUUAUCUAAUUCGUCUCUCAAUUGAGUCCAUCCAGUUGGAAGCUGACAACUGCAUCACUGAUUCCUUGACUGUUUAUGACUCCCUCUUGCCAAUCCGGAGUGCUACCCUGUAUAGAAUCUGUGAACCCACAAGAACACUAAUGUCGUUUGUUUCUACAAAUAAUCUCAUGUUGGUGACACUGAAGUCUCCUUAUGUACGGAGGCUGUCAGGGAUCCGGGCAUAUUUUGAAGUCAUUCCAGAACAAAAAUGUGAAAACACGAUAUUGGUCAAGGACAUCAACAGCUUCGAAGGGAAAAUUUCAAGUCCGUAUUACCCAAGCUACUAUCCUCCAAAGUGCAAGUGCACCUGGAAAUUUCAGACUCCCCUGACAACUCUUGGCAUAGCCCUGAAGUUCUACAAUUAUUCAAUAACUAAGAAGAGUAUGAAAGGCUGUGAGCAUGGCUGGUGGGAAAUUAAUGAACACAUGUACUGUGGCUCCUACAUGGAUCAUGAGACCAUUUUCCGAGUGCCCAGCCCCUUGGUCCACAUCCAGCUCCAGUGUAGCUCCAGACUUUCAGACAAACCUCUUUUGGUAGAAUAUGGCAGCUACAAUAUCAGUCAACCUUGUCCUGCUGGAUCUUUUAGAUGCUCCUCUGGUUUGUGCAUCCCCCAGGCCCAGCGCUGCGAUGGAGUAAAUGACUGUUUUGAUGAAAGUGAUGAACUUUUCUGUGUGACUUCCAAACCUGCCUGCAACGCCAGUAUCUUCCAGCAGCGUGGCCCCCUGGUCUGUGAUGGCUUCUGGGACUGUGAGGAUGGCCAGGAUGAGCAGAACUGCACUCGGAGCAUCCCAUGCACCAACAGGACCUUUAAAUGUGGCAAUGACAUGUGCUUCCAGAAACAAAAUGCGCAGUGUGAUGGGAUAGUGGAUUGUCCAGACGGAAGUGACGAAGAGGGCUGCAGCUGUAGCAGAAGUUCUUCCUCUCCCCACCGCAUCGUUGGGGGUUCUGACUCCUAUGAGGGGACCUGGCCAUGGCAGGUGAGCCUCCACUUCGUUGGAUCAGCCUACUGUGGUGCCUCAGUCAUCUCCAGGGAGUGGCUUCUCUCUGCAGCCCACUGUUUCCAUGGGAACAGGCUGUCUGACCCCACUCCAUGGACUGCACACCUUGGGAUGUAUGUACAGGGGAAUGCCAAGUUCGUGUCUCCAGUGAGAAGGAUUGUGGUCCAUGAAUACUAUAACAGUCAAACCUUUGAUUAUGAUAUUGCUUUGCUACAGCUCAGUAUAGCCUGGCCUGAGACCCUGAAACAGCUCAUUCAGCCAAUAUGUAUUCCCCCUGCUGGCCAGAAACUGCGCAGUGGGGAGAAGUGCUGGGUGACCGGCUGGGGGCGAAGGCAUGAAGCAGAUAAGAAGGGCUCCCCGGUUUUGCAGCAAGCAGAGGUAGAGCUCAUAGAUCAAACUGUUUGUGUUUCCACCUACGGAAUCAUCACUUCCCGGAUGCUCUGUGCAGGGGUUAUGUCUGGCAAGAGCGAUGCCUGCAAAGGAGAUUCGGGUGGACCCUUGUCUUGUCGAAGAAAGAGCGAUGGAAGAUGGAUUCUGACUGGCAUUGUUAGCUGGGGACACGGAUGUGGAAGGCCAGAUUUUCCUGGUGUUUACACAAGGGUGUCAAAUUUUGUUCCCUGGAUUCAUAAGUAUGUCCCUUCUCUUUUGUAACUGUACCAGUUGAAUUUUUAACUGUUACUUACAUGAUAAAGUCUUGAAAAAAGUGUAAAUAUUAUCAAUAAAUUUAAUCUGUUUUUUCAA